UUGCGCUGAGGACUCGCGCCUCUGACGUCACUGUGCUCACGCGAUGGCGGAGAAACGCCGAAAAUAAACAACGCCGAGCAGCGCUUAUCGUUUGCACCAAAGGCCGGGGGGGGAGGACAUCGCGCGCACCACAGCCAUGCAGCGCGCGUUGUCCGUCCGCGUGAGCUCCUUCGCGGACCAAGGAGGCAGGAGGUACAUGGAGGACGUGACCCAGGUGGUGCUGGAGUGUGAAGAGUGUAAUCAGAGUGUGGAGAGUGACUGCGAGGUGCGCGCGGGAGAGGACAGACAGACGGAGACGGCAGGUGCGGGGGCGCGCGCCCGUCCGCGCGUCGCCUUUUUCGCGGUGUUUGACGGCCACGGGGGGCGCGAGGCGGCGCAGUUCGCGCGUGACCAUCUCUGGGGCUACGUGAAGAAGCAGCGCGGGUUCUGGUCCAGGAACCACGAGGAGGUGUCGGCGGCGAUCCGCAGGGGGUUCGUCUCGUGCCACCACGCCAUGUGGAAGAAACUGCCAGAAUGGCCGAAGACGCUGAUGGGUUUGCCCAGCACUUCUGGAACCACAGCCAGUGUGGUGGUGAUCCGGGGGGGCUGUAUGUACGUGGCCCAUGUGGGAGACUCGGCGGUGGUGCUUGGGGUGCGAGAGAACCUAGGUGACCGGUCGCUUCAUGCCGUGGAAGUGACGCAAGACCACAAGCCAGAAGUCCCCCGGGAGAGGCAACGCAUCGAGGGACUUGGCGGCAGCAUCAUGAAGAAGUCCGGUGUGAACCGUGUGGUCUGGAAGAGACCGAGACUAAGCCACAAUGGGCCCGUCCGAAGAAGUACUGUGAUGGACCAGAUCCCCUUCCUCGCCGUGGCACGAGCUCUGGGUGACCUUUGGAGCUAUGAUUUCUACAGUGGGCAGUUUGUGGUGUCUCCUGAGCCAGAUGUUAGGGUCAUGGCCCUCGACCCCCAGCAGCACCGCUACAUCAUCCUGGGCAGUGACGGGCUGUGGAACGUGGUUCCAGCCCAGGAUGCCGUGACGCUGUGUCAGGAUCACGACGAGGCCCUGGCCCCGUUUGCGGUGUCCAGUGCCCGGAGACUUGUAGGCCACGCCCUGAUGCGAUGGCGGCAGCGAAUGUUGCGUGCGGACAACACCAGCGCCAUCGUCAUCUCCCUGCUGGAACCCGGGGGCGUACAAAGGCCGCUGCAGCGCGACGAGGUGGUUGUGACGCUGGCUGAGGAGCCUUACUCCGAUGACAUCAGUGCCACACCUUUUCCAAGUGCAGAGAUGUCCCCUCCUGUGCCCUUGGAAGCCCCGCCCACUAUGACAAGGCGUCGCGAAGAAGGUGAAGUAGACGUCACAACAGACAUCUGGCCGAAGCAAAGCGUGACAGCUGACCCCGCCCCCACGGGGAAGAGAGCCCGUCGCAGCCUCCCACGGCCGCCCCUGGAGCGGCCAACCACACGACGAGGAGCCAGGGGAGGCCAGAAGCAAUCCCCCAAUGUGCCCUGUCUUCUCCAAGGGCACCGCAAGGCCACAGUGUGCGUAUGCUGAGGGUCCAUUGCAGUCCUUCACCUGUCCAGCAGGGGACAGCGUGUGUCUGGACAGCGGGGUGUGUCCGCGCACCACUUAAUUUCUUAAUGAGGCAGCUUCAGCAGAGCGGUACUCUGAGCCCACCAGCAGACAGGGACACAUGUGUGAGCAGAGUACUGUCGUUCCACGUGAUCCUCGAUCGUGUUUUUUAUUGUGCAGUUUUUUAACAUCCCAUGUGUUUUUGUCUGCAGUCCAGGGAUGACUUUCCGAAGCCCUUACAUUAUCUGUUUACCUUUUCAUCCCUGCUGCAGUGAAUUAAUCAGACGUUUGGCCUAAAACACCUAAACAAUUAAUUGGUGAACUUUUGUUUUUGUACAGUAUAGCUUUCUACCAUUUAGAGAAAACAAACAUUCCCUACUACAUUAGGAUCCAGAUACCAGUUUGGGUUAUCAAGUUCUGUCUUUUCUUUUUUCUUCUUCUUCUUCUUCAAUGAGCUUAUAUCCGUUACUGGCGGAAGGUGCUGUUUUUUAGUCGUUGGAAAAUAAAAUGUAGUAAUUCCGUAUGCUGGAGGACUCGCAGACGGUGCCUGGCGAGGAGAGGAGCGCGAUGUCUGGUGCCCGGCGCUGAUCUUCCUCCUGUAGCUGCAGUCUUCCUCAGGGAGAUCCCAGAAAGAGACCCCCUCCUCCCCGCGGUGUGGUCCCGAAAAGCUCCCCAUCAGCUGCUUGUCUUCAUGGGAGACCGAGAGACGUCGUCCCCGCGUGGGGCUCUGGGUUUAGCGUUUAGCUUCUGGACCUGUCAUCACGGUAACCAGCUCACUGCUUCGGACAGGAGGUCAUAGUGGUGGCGGCGGCACACCAUCAUCCCUCACCCAGGUGAGCUUGUUCACCCCACAACAUGACUACAUCACCAUGGCAACAGCAAGAAGCUCUAAUUACACCAGCCAACUGGCAAACACUGCUUUAUCCUCAACAAGAUAAUCAAAACAUGACCAUGAUUGCGCACCGGAAUCCUGGAGUGAGCGGAGUGGCCACGGUUAACACUUUAGUCGUGGUUAUAAUGCAUAUCAUACAUAACGGUCGCAGUGUGCGAUGCCUUUUCUUCAGCUUCCAAGUUUGGAAGUUUGUGUGGUUGAACACCAAGAGGAUGCUCUGAGACUGAGGCCUUCUGGGAAAUGGACAUAACGAGUCUUAACAAGACCUAAUGAGUCUCAUCAAAUCCUAACAAGUCUUAAUGAUGUUUGCAGUCUUGGGGGGGGUGUGGUUGCAGUCAUAAUUGGAUAACUUUGGGGAAAGAAAACAGUCCCAUUUCACUGCAUAUGUACUGCCAGGAAUAUUAAACAUAUCACAUUUGUAGCAAAUGAGUGAGUGGUAAGCGUUAUAAUUAUAUACUCACAGUUAUUUCCUGCGCAUGUGUUAUUGCACAGGGAAAUUUGCAUAUGUAUUUGAAUAUGCAUUUGCAUAUGCAGAUUUCCCUGUGCAAUAACACAUUUGCAGGAAACAACUGUGGAUAUGCAUAUAUUACAGCAUAGCAUAUAUUAUGGUAGCCAACAGCGAAUGUCGCCAGAGGGACAACUUGCGUUUGUAUAUUUCUGUCACGGUGACCUGUAAACAACACAGUGUCAUUAGCGAAUCAAACUGAAGAAAAAAUAUAUUCAUACAGUAUGUAUUUUCCCCUGAAUCACACAGCUCUUGCUAUCAGUUGUUUAGGGUCACCAUCUGUAACCCAGCACUGUUGUGUUCUAUUUAUGGAUUUUUUUUUUAAUACUUAUUGACCUUCUUGUUGUUUUGUGACCUUUCUUGUUCUGUGGAAGCUUACGUUGAGGAGGCCAAUUCCGGGGUUCUGCAUGUUAAUAUCAGGAGUCAGAAAACAGCGUAGUUUUAUUUUAUUUUUCUUAUUCUUUUUUUUAACACAUUCAUAUAAUGCACUUUUUGUGGUGAUGUACAUAGCAGGAGCAGGAAUGUCACGCUACAGUCCAGUAUUUUUUUUUCUUUUUCUAGACCAUGGAACGUUUUUACAUAUUUGCCGUGUAUGUGUGGAAAGCUCUUAUUGGAUUGUAAUAUUUCAGUGUGCUCAAUAAACAACUGUUUACAUCCU